CCCCACAAAAUAUAGUGAAAUAAAUGGCGAGUACUAGCCAGUAAAGAGUAUAAAAAGGGUGGAAGGCAAAAGGUUGGGUUGUGUGUGGAUUUGUUUCAAAAGGUUUGUGAAACAAUGUCUCUAGUUGGGAAACUUGUGAUUGAAUUUGAAAUAAACGCAUCUCCACAAAAGUUCUAUGAAUUCUUCAAAAAUCAAAUUUAUGAGAUUCCCAAAGUUUCUCCAAACAACAUUCAAUCAAUCGAAGUUGUUGGAGGAGAUUGGAACAGCCAUGGCCAUGGCUCCAUCAGAAUUUGGAAUUACACGACCGAUGGAAAAGCUGAAGUUUUUAAAGAACAAGUGGAAUAUGACGAUGAGAAGUUGGCAACCACUCUAACUGGAUUGGAAGGAAAUGUUUUCAAGUACUACAAAACUAUGAAGGGAGCAUUUCAAUUUGUGCCAAAAGGACCUGAGAAUAGCUUGGCAGUUUUGAUCCUCGAGUUCGAAAAGCUUAAUGAUGAUUCUCCUUAUCCUUACAAGUACCUUGAUCUCAUGAUAAAAAUCCUCAAGGACGUUGCAUCGCAUGUUAAAUAGUAACAUUAACUACACUUUCACUCGAGCUUCGUCAUCUUUAUUAUAUGGCUAUGUGAUCCAGUUCAUUGUAACAAAGGUGUGUGUUUUGCUUUUGUAAUCAUCUUUGAAGCCUUGAUGUGUAUAUCUUUGUUGUUGCAUGUAUUAUACUUUUCAAAUGUUGUGUGUAUUGUGUGGGCAAAAUGAAUAAGAGAUAUCUCAUUGUAAUA